AUGUACAAUCAACAUGUCAAUCAAUGUUAUCAUGGCGUAAAUCAUGAUCUGUUUGCAGAGACCUUAAAUCAGGCACAAGAUCAAGCAUGUGUGGCCACCAGCAACGUCUACCCAUGUGUCACUUCUACUACAUACCACGCUCAACAGAUGUUGGCCUCACCUUCACUUGAGGAGCAAGAGGAGAUUGGGUGGUACAGACAGGAUAAUACCUACUAUCAGCAGCAACCAGCGCAAGUCGGUCAUAGCUUAAAUUCCCUCUCUUGUACAUUUGGCCCCAAUGAUCUGACAAGCCCUCAGGAGCUUGUGUUGUUUAACCUAUUGCAAGAUCAACAGCAACAAGGCAUAUGCUAUCAAGACAGUCAAUUAAUUCAACACGAUGAGCAGGACCCAUCGUUGAAUGAAUGGGUGCUUGUCAAUUCUAAUCACAUCGAUCUACAUCCCAUCAAUCACUCGAAUGGCCUUCUUCCGCUCUCUCCUAUGAGUAUGCCAUCAGCUGAUAAUUUUGAUUCGUCUCCCCUGGUGGGUGGUGGUGCCUCUUUUUCUCAUCGCAUGUACUCCCAAACAGAUUCAUCUCUUCCUCAUCAUCUAUUAUCAGCACCACCAACAGCAGCAACAGCAGCAGCUCAAAGACACUAUUAUCAUCACCACUUAAUAUUCAACAACAGCCAUUCUGACAUCUUUGCAUCUCAAUUUACUAGUAAGAGUAUUCAAUCACAAGAAAUGGCACAAAUGCAAUAUCAACAAGAGUUAGAACAAGUGUAUCAAAUGAAUGAGAUUAAACAAAAAGAUUAUUUCACCUUUGAUAAACAACAACAACAACAACAACAACAACAACAACAACAACAACAACAACAACAACAACAACAACAACGACCUAAACAGCGGAAAAAGACCACUAGAAGAAGAGCUUCUCGUAGCCAGCUUCAAUGCACAACAUGUUUCAAGACCUUCUCUCGUCCAUACAACCUCAAAUCACAUCAGAGAACACACACAAAAGAACGCCCAUUUCAAUGCCUUCAUCCUGAAUGUGGAUGGACAUUUGCUCGUCCUCAUGAUCUCAAAAGACACGAGCUUUUACACUCUGGUGUCAAACCAUUUGCAUGUGUCUGUGGUAAGCGGUUCGCAAGAAGCGAUGCUUACAAGAGACAUCAAUCUGUAGACAUCAAUUGUGCCAUUUCCACUACCCCUCAACAAAGAAAAAAACGACCAAGAAGCAACAAUAUAACUGAAGACACAACUUUAUGA